GUAUAAAGUGGCGAAGCGUUUAAUUAACAUGUCGUCUCCAUUGUCGUUCAAUUGAGGUCUAAUAUUCGCGCUCCAAUCCCCCAAGCAACCCCAAGCAAGAAAAGGCGCGGUUUAGGGUUUUAGCAAAGUAGCGGAGUCACCCAAUCCCAAAUGGAAAAAACGGAAGAAGAAAGCGAAGAAGCGGUUCUGAAACGGUUGGAGGAGUCGGUGAACGCGUGUCCCGAUGACCCCUCUCUUCAUUUUGAUCUUGGAGUCCUGUUGUGGGAGAAAGGAGGAAAAUCGGAGAAGGAAAAAGCGGCGGAGCACUUCGUAAUAUCGGCCAAACUGCAUCCUCAAAAUGGUGCCGCGUUCAGAUAUUUGGGGCUUUAUUACGCCCAAGUUUCCGCUGAUACCCAGCGUGCUCUCAAGUGUUAUCAGAGAGCUGUCUCCCUCAAUCCCGAUGAUUCCCAUUCUGGGGAGGCGCUGUGUGAUUUGUUGGACCAACAAGGAAAGGAGAGCUUGGAAGCGUCGCUGUGCAGAGAAGCUUCUGCAAAGUCACCUAAGGCUUUUUGGGCUUUUCGGAGAUUGGGUUUCUUGCAGCUUCAUCAAAACAAGUGGUCUGAAGCUGUACAGAGUCUUCAACAUGCCAUUCGGGGCUAUCCUACAUCUGCUGAUUUAUGGCAAGCUCUGGGUCUUGCCUACCAGCGUUUGGGCAGGUUUACUGCCGCUGUGAAGUCUUAUGGGCGAGCCAUCGAAUUGGAUGAUACAGAUGUAUUUGCAUUGGUUGAAAGCGGAAACAUCUUUUUGAUGCUUGGUUCCUUUAAAAAGGGGGUUGAGCAAUUUCUGCAAGCUCUAGAUAUUUCACCUCAGAGUGUGUCUGCACAAUAUGGGCUUGCAUCAGGGCUACUUGGUUUGGCUGAGGAAUGCAUUAAUUUGGGAGCUUUCAGAUGGGGGGCUUCAUUAUUAGAGGAGGCAUCUAGUGUUGCAAAAGCGGGUACUCAUUUGGCUGGAAAUAUAUCAUGUAUUUGGAAGUUGCAUGGUGAUAUUCAGCUUGCAUAUGCAAAGUGUUUUCCAUGGACGGAGCAAGGCCAGGGUUUAGAAUUUGAUGCAGAAGCUUUUAAUGCUUCCAUCCUCUACUGGAAGCAGACCUGCUGUAUAGCUGCCGUAUCUGCCAAACGUUCUUAUCAGCGGGCUUUGCACUUGGCCCCAUGGCAAGCUAAUAUUUAUACAGACAUUGCAAUAGCUUCAGAUCUUAUAUCCUCUUUGAACAAGAGUUAUGGAAACAACUUAAAUGCUUGGCAGCUAUCAGCGAAGAUGGCUUUGGGGGCCUUGUUACUUGAGGGUGACAAUAAUGAGUUUUGGGUGGCCUUGGGAUGCUUGUCAGACCAUAAUGCAUUGAAACAACAUGCCUUAAUCAGGGGAUUACAACUGGAUGUUUCUCUAGCUGUUGGUUGGGCAUACCUUGGGAAGCUUUAUCGAAAAGAGGGUGCAAAACAAUUGGCAAAGCAAGCAUUUGAUUGUGCUAGAAGUAUAGAUCCUUCGCUUUCAUUACCAUGGGCAGGCAUGUCAGCUGAUUUUCAUGCUAGGAAUCUUGCACCAGAUGAGGCUUUUGAGAGCUGCUUAAGAGCUGUGCAGAUAUUACCUCUUGCAGAAUUCCAAAUUGGUCUUGCAAAGCUUGCUCUGCUCUCAGGACAUCUCUCAUCUUCACGGGUUCAUGGAGCUAUCCUGCAGGCUGUGCAGCAUGCACCUCACUCCCCUGAAUCACAUAAUUUAAAUGGGCUGGUUUGUGAGUCACGAUUUGAUUAUCAAUCUGCUGCUGCUGCUUAUCGGCGGGCACGCUGCGCAAUCAGCAGUUGUUCAGCCAGUAUCUCAAAAUCUUAUACCAGAGAUAUAUCUCUUAAUUUGGCAAGAUCUCUUAGUAAGGCAGGGAAUGCUACAGAUGCUUUGCUGGAAUGUGAAGAUUUAAAGAAAGAAGGUAUGCUUGAUGCGGAAGGUUUGCAAAUAUAUGCUUUCUCUUUAUGGCAACUUGGCAAACAGGACUUGGCUCUUUCUUUUGUGAGAAAUCUGGCUGCGAGUGUUUCUACUAUGGAACAAAAAUUUGUUGUGGCCUCUGUUAGUUUCAUUUGUAGAAUGCUGUAUUGCAUCCCUGGUCUGGAUUCAGCAAUUAAUAGUAUUCUGAAAAUGCCCGAGAAACUUUUUCAGAAUUCAAGAGUUAGUUUUAUAGUGUCUGCUAUUCAUGCUCUUGAUCAAAGUAAUCGGCUUGAGUCAGUUGUUUCAAGCAGUCGAUCGUUUGUUCAAUCUCCCGUAGAGGUUGCUGGAAUGCACUUCUUGAUAGCACUUAGUAAACUUGUCAAACAAGGAACAGAAUUCUGCCUUGGAGUUCAGAGUGGAAUUGCUCAUCUUAGAAAAGCUCUUCACAUGUUCCCUAACAGCAGUUUGAUGAGGAAUCUACUUGGUUAUCUUUUGUUAUCAAGUAAGGAAUGGAAUGAUACUCAUGUUGCAACCAGGUGUUGCAAUAUAGAUGCUUCUGACUCUGCAAAUAAAGUAGGUUUAAAAUCAGCAAGCGAAAUCCUUGGUGCUGGAGCUGUUGCUUGCUAUGCCAUUGGCAAUAAGAAUCGAAAGUUUUCUUUUCCAACAUGUACAUACCAGUGCCUGAAAGAACCUGGAGCUAUCCAACAGCUGCAGAAAUGCUUACGUCAAGAACCAUGGAAUCAUAAUUUUCGGUACUUGCUUAUACUCAAUUUUAUACAAAAGGCGCGUGAAGAAAGAUUUCCUCAUAAUCUCUGUGUUGUACUCAAGCGGCUAAUAUCUGUAGCUCUUUCCAGUGAUUUGUACACAAAGACAGACAUGUCUUAUCAAAAAUUCCAACUUUUACUUUGUGCUUCUGAGAUCAGCUUGCAGAGUGAGGAUAACAUUGGCUGCAUCAACCAUGCCAAAAAUGCUUCUACACUUUUGCUUCCUGAUGAUUAUCUCUUCUUUUCGCACUUACAAUUGUGCCGUGCCUAUGCUGCAGAAAGUGAUAGUUUAAAUCUUCAGAAAGAGUAUAUAAGAUGCUUGGAGCUCAAGACAGAUUAUCAUAUUGGUUGGAUAUGUCUUAAAUUUAUAGAAUUACGAUAUAAUGUGCAAAAUGAUACUAACAUCUUAGAAUUGAGCUUCAAAGAAUCCUCAAAAGAGAGGAAUUAUUCAUGGAAUAUGGGGAUGGCUGUGUUUAAUCUGGUGUGGGGUCUGAUCUCUCUACGGAACGAAGAUUUCCUUUCUGCAGAAGAGUUUCUUGCACAAGCUUGUUCUUUGGCUGGUGCUGAGAGCUGCCUCCUUUUAUGUCAUGGUGCCACCUGCAUGGAGCUUGCCAGGAAGUUGUGUGAUUCAAAGUUCUUGUUGCUUGCUGUAAAGAGUCUCACUAAAGCACAAGAAACCUCUGUCAUUCCAUUACCUAUUGUCUCGGCAUUGCUGGCUCAGGCAGAGGGAAGCCUCAAUUCUAAAGAAAAGUGGGAGAAAAACAUCCGUCUUGAAUGGUUUUCUUGGCCACCAGAAAUGAGGCCUGCAGAACUCUUCUUUCAAAUGCAUUUGCUUGCAAGACAAUCGAAAUCGGUCUCCAUCUCUUCAUCCAAUGUGGAGUUGUGUCAGAGUCCACAGAGAUGGAUUCUUCGGGCAAUCCAUACAAACCCUUCUUGUACCAGAUAUUGGAAGGUUUUGGGAAGGUUUGACUUGAUUCAGAGAAGUUAGGGUAUAACGUACUUCAGCAUCAUGCUCUAAUUCAAAAUCUCGUACUUGAUCGACUCAUUUUGGCAUGCAAUUGCACUGGAGGGGGUCGUUACUCUAAUUGUCUGUAGAUUAAUUAUGUCAUUAUGCUGUUCGCAAAUGGUUGUGAAUUAUGUAAUAGUAUUUUUUUACCAUAGCAGGCAACAAUACCUGUGCCGAAUGUAAUUGUCUAACCAGUUGCAUGCAACUGAAUCGUGUAUUUGGAAGGACGGACAUGAAUUUGAAGUACAAUAAUCUCAUUUAACAUUUUUGUGCA